AUGGUAGUACCACGGGUACCUCAGGUUUCUGAUACAGUUAUGGAACCAUACAAUGCCACGUUGUCGGUACAUCAGUUACUGGAAAAUACAGGGCUUCGUUGUCAAUACAGUAUGUUGCAUCAGUAUGACAUCUGCUUUCGAACACUGAAGCUGGCAGAACCAACUUAUGGUGAUCUGAAUCACCUUGUCUCCUUAACGAUGUCUGGUGUUACGACGAGCCUCAGGUUUCCAGGACAGUUGAAUGCGGACUUGCGCAAAUUAGCAGUUAAUAUGGUUCCUUUCCCACGCCUGCAUUUUUUCAUGCCUGGGUUUGCCCCACUGACGGCUCGUGGCAGUCAGCGGUAUAGAGCCCUCACUGUUCCAGAGCUUACGCAACAGAUGUUCGAUGCCAAGAACAUGAUGGCAGCUUGUGAUCCUUGCCAUGGUCAAUACUUGACUGUUGCAGCUAUCUUCAGAGUUAGAAUGUCCAUGAAAGAAGUAGAUGAGCAGAUUCUAAACAUCCAAAACAAAAACAGCAGCUCCUUUGCAGAAUGGAUCCCAAAUAAUGUUAAAACUGCAGUGUGUGACAUUCCACCCUGUGGGCUCAAAAUGUCUGCUACGUUCAUUGGAAAUUCUACUGCUAUUCAGGAGCUCUUCAAGCGCAUAUCUGAGCAGUUUACUGCUAUGUUCGGCUGUAAAGCUUUCCUUCAUUGGUAUACUGGAGAGGGGAUGGAUGAAUGGAGUUUACUGAAGCAGUCGAAUAUUAAUGACUUCGUGUCGGAGUACCAACAAUAUCAGGAAGCUACUGCAGAUGAAGAUGUUGAAUUUGAUGAUGAACAAGAGGAAGAAAUGGAAGAUGAAAAGUAG